AUGGACUGCACCGCAACCAUUUUGAAGGCUUGCGCUCGCUCCAGGAUUAAGCUGUGUCGCCCGGACUGUUCCACGAGGCGUCCGCGGAGACGAGAGGACACCUGCGGAUGCUGCGCCGAUGUGAUGGCGGCGCACAUAGUCGGCCAUGUUUGUUCGCUCCUGCAAUGCUUACUGUUCUACGUGUGCUGCUGUCUGUCACAUGACGAAAGCCCAGAUUUGCGCCGUGAUUGGCUCGAAUGCAGUAGCAAUAUGGCUGCAAGAGGAGGAAGACCGGAACAGGAAGGUGAAGAGGAGGAGUUGGGACCGCCACCAUCGGUCGAUGAGGCUGCGGAUGCAUUGAUGACCAGACUGGGCUUCUUACUGGGGGACAAGAUCGCUACUCAAGAUUCCGCCCCUUCCCACCCCCAGGAGGACGGAAACCAGAGGAUUUCUCCGUCCUCCAGUCUGGCCAGCAGCGGCACCUCCCCCUGCUCCACACUGCAGCCACCUGCUGGAGGAGAGACAAACAACAACAACAAGCAUGCCCCGUUCAACUACGCCUCCGUCACCUCCCCCUCCUCCACACUGGACAGCAGGGACAGUGGCAUUAUAGCCACAUUGACGAGCUACUCUGCCGAAUCAGCUGUGGAGCGAGACGACAAUGGCAAGUACCAUGGGAAUGGUUACCAUGGCAGCAAUCUCAACUUCUGGCAACAGGGCGGCGGGAGAGCGGUGGUGGCCUCUACGUCGGCGUCCAGCAUGACGGCACCGAAAGGCGGGAACAACGGCUUCCUGUACAGACACGAAGACAACAUGUCCGCCUCCACCUACAGCCUCAACAAGCUCCACCCAGACCGCUCCUCAAGUUCCACCCACUCCAUCCCGCUCUACCUCAUGCCCCGCCCCAACUCUGUGGCCGCCACCAGCACUGCCCACCUUGAAGAUCUGGCUUAUCUGGAUGAGCAGCAGAGACACACCCCCUCUCGGACCUCCCUCAGAAUGCCCAGGCAGAAUUCUGGGAGUCGCAGUCAACAGGAUCAUAGAGUGCGCUUUACUCCCUCGCUCAACCUCAAGCCCUUUAACUUCGAGAUCCCGGGACUGACCGGUGAUUGGUUGUUCACGGGCAGGGAGUGGCUUUUCCAGGAAGUAGAUGCCUGUCUGCGCAGCUCUGACCCGGCAUGUCGCGGCGUGGUGAUCGUCGGUAAUAUGGGCUUCGGGAAAACUGCCAUUAUCGCACGACUCGUGGCUCUCAGCUGUCACGGCAACCGCAUGUGGCCAACUCCUGCUAAUAACCAGAGCAUAGCAAAACAUGCUGAGAAUGCACAGUUUUCCCACAACUCGAUGGGACGGAGUGAAGGACUCGAUGAAGGCCGAGAGGGAAGCUGUCCGGGAACUCCAGAGAUGAAGAGGAGACAGGAGGAAGCACUGAGGAGGCUCGCAGGGCAGGUGGUGUCCUAUCACUUCUGCCAGGCCGACAACUGCUACACCUGCCUGGUCCCCGAGUUUGUCCACAACAUGGGCGCCAUGCUCAGCUCCAGUCCUCAGCUGUCGUCAUACAGAGAGCUGCUCCACCAGUCGCCGCAGCUACAGAGCAUGCUCAGUCUGCGCUCCUGCAUCCAAGACCCCAACGCUGCACUCAUCAAGGGAAUAUUGGAACCACUCGACCUACUCUACAGAGAGAGGAAGAUCCAGGCUGACCGGGCGGGCCUUAUUGUCUUGAUCGAUGGGUUAAACGAAGCAGAGUUCCACCGUCCGGACUAUGGCGACACCCUGGCUUCCUUCCUCAGUCGGAACAUUCAGAGAUUCCCUCCCUGGUUAAAGAUCGUCACUACUGUCCGCACUGGCCAACAGGAUAUCACACAGUCUUUGCCUUUCCACUGCAUCUCUCUGGACCGUAUGGAGGAGAACAGUGCCAUCGAGCAGGACCUGCAGGGCUACCUGAUGCAGCGUAUCCACAGCAGUGCAGAGAUACAGAGCAACGUGUCCCUGGGUAACGGCCGUCUAGACAACACGGCCCUGAGCAAGCUCAUCAGCCAUCUCAAGAGUCUGAGUCGAGGCUCCUACCUGUACCUGAAGCUCACACUGGACCUGAUCGAGGGGGGCUUUCUGGUGCUCAAGAGCUCCAGCUUCAAGGUUGUCCCUGUGAGCCUGGCGGAGGUUUACUUGCUGCAGCUGAACAUCAGAUUCCCCACACAGUCGUCCUUCCAGAGAGUCCUGCCUCUGCUCAACAUCACCGCGGCCUCGCUGCACCCUCUCACAGACCAGCAGCUGUUUGAGGCGGUGAAUGCCAGUGCGGUGGAAGGGGGGACCUUGCCCUGGGCCGAGUUUUCUCAGAGACUGGAGCAGCUCUCUCCGUUCCUGAUGUGGAGGAGUGAUGGGAGCCGCAUGCUGAAGCACGCCUCCUUCAGAGAGUGGCUGGUGUGGAGAGACGAGGGCCAGGACGACCGCUUUCUUUGCGACUCCCGGAGUGGGCACACUCUGCUGGCCUUUUGGCUCUGCAGACAGGAGGGGAAACUAAACCGGCAGGAGACUCUAGAGCUGGGGCACCACAUCCUGAAGGCCCACAUCUAUAAGGGCCUCAGCAAGAAACUCGGGGUCUCCUCCUCAGUUCUCCAGGGGCUGUGGCUGUCCUACAGCACUGGCGGUCUGAGUCCGGCUCUGUCCUGUCUACGAAACCUCUACACGCCCAACAUCAAGGUGAGCCGGCUGCUGAUAAUGGCCGGAGCUGACGUGGACCAUCGCUCAGACGUCCUGAACAACGCCCCUCUGCUGUGUGUGCACGCACAUCUGGGACACAAGGACGCUGUGGCUCUGCUGCUGGACCAUGGAGCACAGGUGGACGCUCAGUCUAACGACGGCCUGACCGCUCUGGGGUUUGCUGCUGCCGCUGGACAUUUGGAUAUUGUGACGAUGCUGAGUCAGCACAGAGCCAAGGUGGGACAUGUGGACAGUACAGGCCGGUGUGUUCUUGUCCUCGCUGCUCAGCGUGGACGCCAAGACGUGCUGCGUUUCCUCCUCACGUCCCCAGACUGGACCUGCACUACCUGCUGUGGCCAGCGGGCGGCGAGCCGGGGCCAGGCUCUACAGCAGGCUCUGAUCGCAGCAGCCUGCAUGGGACACAUAGAGACCGUGUUAUUCCUCCUGGAGCUGCCAGAGGAGGAGGAGGACAGGCUGGACAUCAAUGCAUGUGACAGUCUGUGGGGAGAGACAGCACUGACAGCUGCAGCGGGCAGUGGUAGGAUGGCUGUCUGCAGACUCCUGCUGGAUCAGGGAGCUGCUGUGGAGAAAAGCAACCGCCGAGGAGCCGCGCCUCUCUUCAGCAGUGUGAGGCGAGGACACUGGCAGGCGGUGCAGCUGCUGCUGAACCAUGGAGCUGAGGUCAACACAUUGGACUCUCAGGGUCGCACUGCCCUCAUGACCGCAGCCUCAGAGGGACACAUGUCCACCGCACAGCUGCUGCUCGACCACGGUGCGUCUCUGGAGCUGAGUGACCGCGAGGGGCUCACAGCUCUGAGCUGGGCCUGUCUCAAAGGUCAGCUGGCUCUGGUCCGAGAGCUGGUGGACAGAGGAGCGGACACUACUCACGCCGACCGGAGCGGACGCACACCUCUGGACCUCGCCGCUUUCUGUGGCGACCCUGAAGUGGUGCAGUACUUGGUGGAGCACGGAGCAUCAGUGGAACAUGUGGACUGCAGUGGGAUGCGUCCUCUGGACCGAGCUGUUGGCUGCAGGAACACCUCCGCAGUUAUUGCUCUGCUUAAAAAGGGAGCGCAAAUAGGACCUGCCACCUGGGCCAUGGCCACAUCCAAGCCUGACAUCUUGAUGGUUCUUCUGGGAAAACUGAUCCAAGAGGGCGACCGUCUGUACAAGCAAGGGAAGGUGCGCGAGGCGGCCGUGUCAUACCAGUCGGCGCUUCAGAAGUUUCCGGGCGACGAAGCGAAGACUUUUCGACAGCUCCGAGUGUCCGUGCUGCUCAACCUCUCACGGUGUCGCCGCAAACUCAACGAUUUCGGUUUGGCGGAGGAGUUUGCCACCAAAGCACUGGAGCUGAAAGCCAAAUCAUAUGAGGCUUUUUACGCUCGAGCCCGGGCCAAGCGGAGCCGCAGGCAGUACCACGCUGCGCUGGAGGACCUGCUGGAGGCCAGUCGUCUCUGCCCAUCAAACCGCGAGAUCCAGAGGCUGCUGUCCAGGGUCAAAGAGGAGUGUCGUCAGGCGGCGCAGCAGCAGGACCCCUCUGCUGCCCCUCCCCCACACAUUUACCAACAGAAUGUGACCCACGACGAGGACGAUCAGGAUACCGACCACAUUGAGGUCGGCAUCCAGAGUCUGGACAGUCACACGACACCAUCUCCAAACUCUCUCUCUCCAUCGCACAUGUACCACCACGUCUCGAGCCCCGCCCACUCGCCUUCCUCUUCCUCACCGAGCCACACCCACCAUUUCAGCCCCGCCUCCUCGCCGGUCCACCAGCAGAGAGUCAACCCCUUGUCGGAAAACCAGCCUCAGUCCAUGAUAGCGAUGCAUCACCCCGAGCAGCAUCUGCAGAACCAGAGGUCUUUUCAGAAGGAGAACACGGUCCAAGGCCAGUGGCUUCAACCGGCCAAGGCUCAACUGGUCCGGUCCAGCCAGCCCAGCGCCGCGGCCCACUCCAAUAUGGUCUUUGGGGGUUCCGCCUACUCCCAGUUUGCCCACUUGCCUAAGGAAUUGGCAGAACUUGGCGAAGGUUUUCAGAUUCAGACCGCUUUGUCUUACCAAGAUGACAUGGAGAGCCAGGCCAGAGCUGCAGCAGGUUACGGCCGCGGCAUCAAUCGCUACAGCCAGGGCGCACAGUUUGGUCGGAACCAGUCCAAAGCUGCGUAUUACCCCAUGGAAGUGACUGAGACUUCUAAUCUAGGUCAACCUGAUAAGUUCAAUGAUUACCAGUACCAAUCACAAGGCGGGCUACGUCGACCUCUUAGCGCACACCCAACCGCCUCCUCCGCAGUCCCCUCCAACAGGCCGCUCAUACACUCGCAAAGCGUCAACGUGCGCAGCCUAGCGGGGCAGCUACCUCCACCAAAUCUAUCCACUUUCCGGACUUCAGCCUCUGCCCAGCAUGUGGAGUUGCCGCCAGACCCGCCUCUUUUCACCGGAAGUUACCACGACAAUUUAUUUUUAGGAUCAAACCCUCAAUCUGAUUUGGGAAUGGAAGGAGGUGGUACUUAUCCCGGGGAGGCAGGACGUACCGCCAGAAACACUCCUUUUAUGGGCAUUAUAGACAAGACCGCAAGGGUACAGCCACAAUACCAGCCGCAAACCCCGCCUUCUUCCUGUCUCAGUCCGUCGCGCUCUUGGGCUGUUUCCUCCGUAGACUCUGUGGUGACGUCGCCGAGCAAAUCCGCGCCCACUCAGCCGUUCCCCUCGUCCAUCGCGUACCAUAACCGGAGCAACAACAACACGCACAACGGCCAUUACUACGACAACCAAAAUGACUACUAUGAAGUUACACCCGCGAAGGUAGAAAACCCGGUCCAAAUAGUAAGUCAGAACCCGUCGUACGUGGAUGUCCGGCUCGCCCGCACGAUGCCGGUGAUCCACAGCUGCUCGGACCGGCCCACCGAGUGCAUCAUGGGCCCUACCUCUCCUGUCAAACCAAAAAGACCCUUUGCCGAGUCUAAUGUAUAG